GUCUGUUUCUAAAACGUUCCGUCUCUGUCUCUCUGUCACUGCUCAGCCAUGGUGCCUUUGGCGUUGCUUGAGAGUUUUGAUCUGAAGAGUCUGCUGCUCUUUCUUCUUGCUUUCUUGUUGGUCCUGGACUACCUAAAGAACAAGCCUCCACUGAACUUCCCGCCUGGACCCAUCGCCAUCCCAUUCCUGGGAAGCAUUUUUAAUGUCAACUUCAAAGAGCCACAUAUUAACUUAACCAAGCUGGGCAAGACCUACAACAAUAUCUUCUCCAUGCAAAUGGGGCGACAGAAGUCAGUCUUUCUCACCGGUUAUAAAAUGGUAAAGGAAGCGCUGGUAAACCAGGCUGAGAACUUUGCGGAUAGGCCUUACAGCCCCCUUGCUGUGAGGCUCUACGCAAGCAAUGGUGGACUAUUUUCCAGCAAUGGUGAAAUGUGGAAGAAGCAGCGGCGCUUUGCUUUGUCCACACUGAGGAACUUUGGGCUGGGGAAGAAGACCAUGGAGUUGGCCAUCUGUGAGGAGAGCAGAUUCCUGCAGGACGAGAUGGACAGACAGAAAGGAGAGGCUUUCGACCCUACUACACUUUUUAACAAUGCUGUCUCCAACAUCAUCUGCCAGUUGGUGUUCGGCCAGAGAUUUGAUUACAAUGAUCACGAUUUCCAGAUGAUGCUGAAAUACAUAUCUGAAGCACUUCAACUAGAGGGUUCCAUGUGGGGAUGGCUUUAUGAAUCGUAUCCUGCCAUUAUGAAGUAUCUGCCUGGACGACACAACGUCCUUUUUAGAAACUAUGAAUUUGUUUCUAAAUUCAUAAGAAAGAACCUGGACAAACACAAAGCAGACCUGGACCCCUCCAAUCCUCGAUGCUACAUGGAUAGCUUCCUGAUUGAGAAAGAGAACUCCCAUGAUCCAGCUGAAGGUUUUACUGAGGAAAAUCUGGUUUGGUGCACACUAGACCUGUUUAUUGCAGGGACUGAAACCACUUCCACGACACUGCGCUGGGCCCUUCUCUUCCUUAACAAACAUCCGGAGAUACAGGAUAAAGUGCAGGAAGAGAUAGAUAGAGUGAUUGGACAGACGCGCCAGCCCUGCAUGGCCGACAGACCAAACUUGCCCUACACUGAAGCUGUCCUCCAUGAGAUCCUGAGGAGAGGAGACAUUGUGCCCCUGAAUGGAGCAAGAAUGGCAGUGAAGGACACAACACUUGGAGGAUACUUCAUUCCAAAAGGAACUACGCUGAUGCCGAUACUUCACUCUGUUUUGUUUGAUGAAAAUGAGUGGGAGACACCCAAUAGCUUCAAUCCUGAGCACUUCCUCGAUAAAGACGGGAAGUUUGUAAGGAGAGAUGCAUUCCUGCCAUUCUCCGCAGGGAAGAGAGUGUGUCUGGGGGAACAGCUAGCGAGGAUGGAGCUCUUCUUGUUCUUCAUCAGCCUCUUCCAGAAGUUCCACUUCUCCACAGUGGAGGGGACGCAGCUCAGCACGGAGGGAAUUGUAGGAAUCACGCUCACUCCUCAGCCUUUUAAAAUCUGUGCAAAGGCACGAUGAAAACACCUCACUGCUUAAUACCCCCCCCCACACACAAAAAAAUUAGCAUGCUUCUCAAAUCAAUUAUAUUGCUGCAACAUGAGCUAUUCUUGAGGUCAUGGACUGCUUCGCAUGAAAUGGACAAAACUCAUCUUAAGAUCAUCUCUAAGAUAGCUUCCUUUCUCAGUCAGCACUGAGAGCCAAAACUGCUUUUUCUGUGAACCUUUACUGUUAACUGAGUUAGAGAAAUUGGAGUAUCUGAAUUCUUAAAGUAACAAAAUGUGAAUUUUACAGCACACACUUCACUAAAUAUUACUGAAAUAUAUAAUUGUAUGCAAGUUUAGGGUACCCCUGGUCAAAUUACGUUUUGUUAAUUUUCUAAGUGAACAUAGUUCACUUAGAAGUACAUAGUAUCUCCAUUGAGGAUGUUAACUUAAGUGCGGCCUGUGCACAUUUUAUAUAUUUUUUGCAGUAUGUUGAACUCAGCAAACAGAAAUUGCGCACUAAAAUUUAUUCCCUAUAGAAGAUGUGUAGAAAAACAACAAAACAUGUAAUUUAACCUGUGUCCCAACUUUUGCAUACAACUGUAUAGUUUAUACUUCAAACAAACUGAAUUUGCAGUAAAACAUUACACUCUCAGAAAAAAUAGUACUAAACUGUCACUGGGGUGUUAUCCUCAGGGGUAUGUCUUCAGUACCUUCACUUAGGGGAUAUAAUUGUACCAUAUUUCAUUAUGGUUAAGUUGUAUUGACUCCACUCACCAUGUCUUGUCCCCCAGCAUUUUUAUUUUCUUUUAUUGAUCAUGAAAUUAUGAAAAAUGCCAAAAGUCAUGGGAUGGCAGUAUGUAAAUUGAUUAUGAAGUGGCGUUACCUCAGGGGACGGCUUGGGAACGGCCACACUUUUUUAAGUUGUGAGGUGUUAUCUUGUGAAUGAGGCUGAACACUGGUCAGCAUGCUCAUGGCAAGGCGACACGAAUUGUCUGAGUUCAAAUGAGGCAUGAUAGUGGGUGCCAGACGGAUGAGACGUUCCGUUUCCGAAGCUGUGCGGGCACUUAACAUUUCUCGAUCCAGAGUGUCAUGGCUGAAUCGGGAAUACAUCAUAGAAGGCAGAAGUUACAUCCGCAUUCAAUGCAGGAGGCCCCACAUGCAUAUCCUGUAAGUCAGUGCAGCGUUCUUUAGCUUCCAUGGGAUAUAGGAGCGCCUCACCUGAGCUUGUGAGGUUGCUAGCUGGACCCUAGAGGACUGUCAACAUGUGGUGUGGUCCGAUGAGUCACGGUAUUGCUUUGGGCAGAUGGUAGGGUUCAUUUGUGACGCAGACCCCAUGAAGCCAUGGACCUCAGUUGUCAACAAGGCACUGUACAGGCUGAUAGUGAUUCCAUACUGGUGUGGGGUGUGUUCUCAUGGCAUGGGUUAAACACAUCAUUGACCAUUUCACUGCAUGGUGACCAUUUGCAGCCCUUCCUGGAUUUUAUGUACCCCCACAAUGAUGGGAUAUCAGGCCCAAGCUGUCCAGAAUUGAUUCAAGGAGCAUUCUGGAGAGUUCCGACGAAUGGUGUGGCCUGCACCUUGACAUGAGCCCAGUCAAGCAUUUAUGGGAUGUGGUGGAGAGGUCCAUUUGCACCAGAGAUCCUGCACCUACAAACACCACAGUGCUGUGGGAGGCUAUCCAGACGACAUAACUCACCAUCCCUCCAGGCGUGUUCCGUCCACUUGUGGAAUUGAUGCCACAUCGAGUUGCUGCACUUCGUUGGGCUAGAGGGGGUCCUACAUGAUACUAGUUCCUGACCCAUGACUUCUGGCAUGUCAGUAUAUGUACCCUUCCCAACCUUUUAUAAAAACAUAUAUAGGGUUGCACCUUAAAACCACUGUUGCACCUUUGAUGGUACAUUUACAUUUUUCAUUUAUUAAAAUAAAAACAAUGUACCUGAACAGUACCUUUUUUCUGACAGUGUAAACGUGAUUGAAAGCACAUCUUUAUUAGAAUAUGAAUUCAAAUGUUCCAUAUUGGCAAAAAGUAAUAUUUAAAAGCCUUAUUGCACAUUUAAGCUAUUAGUAGAUUAGCUUAUUUUACUUUCUAUUUUGCUUGUACAUGUACAUCUGAGGACAGAUUCCGGCAGUUUGUUGACCACAAAAGAUACAGCACCCCUGUCCUUGAGCAGAGGUGUGUAGUACAAUUCUGAGUUCCUCAAGUUCAAGAUCUUAUGUACUACCUUGUUCUACUUAAGACUUGCAGUCUUUUACAAUAAUUAACCUCUGUACCACCUCAACACACCUCAACCUUUGUACCACAGAAAUAAAGAUGAAAGCUUUUGUUCAUGCUUUGAAUCCAA